ACGCCUUUUUAAUCCCUUCCGCCCUCCGCUUCGCGUCCCCCGGACCCCCACGGCCACCCCAGCCCAGCCUGCCCUGCGCCGCGCCGCGCUGUCCCUGACCCGGCGGCCAUGGCGGAGGAGCAGCAGCGGCAGAGGUGGCAGGAGGGCCACCGCCUGUGCGCCAACAACUGCGGCUUCUUCGGCAGCCCCGCCACGCUGGACCUCUGCUCCAAGUGCUACCGCGACCUCAACCAGAACCAGCCCGCCCCCGUGCCACCGCCGCCGGCCUGCACGCCGCCAUCCGCCUCCGUCUCAGCUCCCGAGGCGGGCGCCGCCGCGGCCUCUUCUGCGCCCGGGCCUCCGUCGACGCCCCCUGCGCAGGCCGGCAGGUGCGAGAGCUGCCGGAAGCGCGUGGGCCUGACGGGGUUCGCGUGCCGCUGCGGCGCCACCUUCUGCGGCGUGCACCGGUACCCGGAGCGCCACGCGUGCGCCUUCGACUUCGGCGCCGCCGGCCGCGACGCCAUCGCGCGCGCCAACCCCAUCGUCAGGGGCGACAAGCUCAAGGACAAGGUCUGAGGAUCCCGACGCGGCGCCGGAGGGAGGAGGAGGACGGCGACCCGAACGAAUCGUCGGACUGCUCCGUAAAGCACUUCCGUGUACCCUGCAAUUGGUGUAGCCUCCUCAGCUGCAUGUGUAACCCGACGCACCGUAAAGCUGAAAUCGAAAGCUAAACUGAUUUCGAAUAAGAGACCCGGAUCGGCGGCCUUGCUGCGUCCAGUUGUUGUGAUUGGUGAGGUUCCUGUAACAUCCAUCUUCGUUUGAGCGUGGAAUUCGCAUCGAGUAAUUGGAGAUGACUGAAUUCGUUUGAGUGAUUA